AUGGAACUACUUUCCAAGCCGCUCCAAGCAGCUGCUGAUUUGGAUACGGCUCGAUGUAAAGGACAAUGGCAAUCCAUCCCUGUAUUGGCAGAUCGUUACAAGAAAUAUCAUCCGGAUGAAUCAGUGCUUGAAGCAACAGCUCGUCUUGAAGCCGAAUUUGCCAUUUUACUUUCAAAGAAACGCAAAAUACCCAUCAACAACCAUGUCCCUGCUGUUACGAAUCGAUCCACAACACAUCUUGUUUCACCGCCAUCAUCAUCAACAUCAUCAUCAUCUCAUGAGACCGACAUGUAUGAAAAUGAUACACCCAAUCAUAUCACCUUGCCUGGUCCUUUGGAUGUCGCCAUGACCGACCCCAUAUUGAAAAAGCUCUUGAUGAUCAUUCAACAACAUCAAGGUGAUGGCCCGGGCCAAGAGCCAGAAACCAAUGAUCAGUGGCAGGCACAGUUUGCCAAAAUCAUCUUAGCACGGAUUUACUUUGAGACAGCACGCUAUGAUCAAGCCCUUGAAGCAUUGGAACGAUUGGCUUUACCCAUGCAACAAGUCCAUUCGGGGUAUGGCAUGGUCUUGUUGAUCCAAGCCAGAGUCAUCAAAGGUGGAUGUUAUGAAAUGCAGGGUCAUAUUGCAUCAGCGAUCGAAGCCUAUGAAGCCGCUUGGAGUGUGUAUGAACAACAUCCAGUAGAAAAAGGAGAAGUGCUAUGGUCUUGGAUUGAAGAAUGUUUAUAUCGUGCUAUCCUUUUACAUAUACGAGAAGAUGGGACACCACGAAGCGUGUUACGUUUGAUGCGUGGCUACAUGCACUUGAGUACAUCGCAUUGGUCUUCAUUCUGGCGCAUGCAUAAACGGUGGAUCGUGUUUCGUUAUUACGCUCGUUUCUUGAUCAAGGCGUGCAACGAGGGAAGUUACUUUCCUAUGGCUAUCCAAGGCGAUUUGCAACCUCCCAACAAGGUCUCGGCUAUCAAUGACACCAAUCAAGCCUCUGCCUAUGAGGAACUUUUAUGCUUGACAGCGCUUUAUCGCAACCUCUUGAGUUCCUUGUCCUCUCAUUCCGAUCCAUCCAACCAUGUACGCUACGUGCUCGAACUGGCAGAAUUAAUGACGGAUGCUCACGAUGCUAUUGGAUGGGGCGAAAUUAGCAACAUCCGCCGUGUGUUGCAAUUUUUACAAGCAGCCAAGGAACGCACCUUUAACAGCAUUUGCAUUGCACGCUACAUUUUCUUUUGCUUGAUGCGAUUGGGUAACUUUGUGGAAGCCGCUUAUGCAUUACGCAGCUAUAUGGAACUGGUUGGCAUGCCAGAGAUUGAUCAGCCGGUGGUGGAGGAUGUCAAGGUACACAGCAUCCAACAACGACUACGCACCGUGCAUGAUACCAAGGAAACGGAGAUCGAUGUCAUUCAUGUCUUGCUUGCGGGUGUGGAAUUGUAUGGCAGAGAACGACACAAUGGCCAUGUAGCAGCUCAUGUGGCGGAUGUGGCGGUUGAACUUGUCAAGGAUUUAAAUGAGGCAAGGAACGAGAAAAACAACAAACAAUGGGAUGCUUUGGUUGCACAAUGCUAUCGUAUGCGUGGAUGUGCUUAUGGUCUUUAUGCCAUUCAAUGUGAAUCACCUGAGGUGCGAGCAAGCUGUCAUCAUGAAGCCAUCGACUCCUUGACCAAAGCUGCAGAAUUGGAUCCAACAUCAUGGCAGACCCACUAUGAACUUGCAACACAACAAGCCCAAAUCAAGGAUGUGGCAGCGGCAUUGAAUUCCAUAGGCCGUUCUUUGCAUUUGGAGCCUUCUCAUUUACCAUCAUGGCAUCUUCUUUCGCUUUUAUAUUCCUGCCGCCAAUUCAACGACACGUCACCACGUGCACUCGAGACCAUCCAAACGGCUCUUUCACGAUUUGCUCCUGAUACCAAUGACAUUCCCACCAAUUUGAAGUAUGGAUUACCAGUAUUAUCAUGGAGUGAGCGAGAGAAUUACAGCCGAAGGUACUAUGAACAAGCGGAGGCGUAUUUGCAUAUUCGGAUGGCACAAGUGGCAUUGCUUGAGAAAAUGGAAGGACCCGAUGCAGUGCUAAAGUCGUACAAUGAAUUGUUUGCCAUUUACACAAAAUUGGCUCAAGGUCUUGGCAUGAACCACCAAGGAGAAGUUGUCCCAAGUAUACGACGUGCCAGUGAAUCAUCAUCAUCUACUACAACACCUUCACCUUCUCGAUCCUCCUCCAAGUUAUUGGAUCCUUCCCAAGUACCCCCUCCACCACCAAUUCCUGAAGAUAUGGCUGAUAACAAUACUCUCAAGAAACGACCUCGUAAAAAGAGCAUGGUGUUUUUGGAUAUCAGACGACUUUCUCAUUCAUCAUCAUCACAUGAAUCACCCUCAGCAACAUCACCACCUACUUCUUCUUCUACACAAACAACUACAACAGCAACACGUUCACGCAGUUCAUCCAUUCAAGACAAUGACAAAAAGAAUGAUUCAUUUAUCGCCCCCUUUUCGCAUACACCUUUGUUCUCGCCACCUUGUCACACCAUCACGCAUUCAUCCACGCAAACCACCUUUAUCCGCACUAUGCGUGAACGAUGGCAAAAGUUGUUGGUUCAAUUAUGGCUCAUGACGGCAUCCACUUUUAUCCGAGCAGGUCGUCUGGAUGAAGCGGGUAAGGCUGUUUCGGAAGCUGAGCAACUUGGAUUGGUCGAUUCGGAUGUAUGGCAACACAUUGGUCGUAUUGCCAGCCAACGUCAUACCACGGAUCCGGAAACCGCUUUGGAGGCCUAUCAUAAGGCAUUGACCUUGGAUCCAGAACAUUUGGGCACCCAUAUCGAUCUUGCUUCCUUGUACAUGGGAUUGGAUGAAUGGGAAGUGGCUCAGGGCUUAUUGGAAAGAGCUACCAAAGCACGUGGAUGGGAUUGUGCUGAAGCAUGGCUUUUGCUAGGUCAAGUCUACAAGCAUCAAGGAUCCUUCAAAGAAGCCAAAGAAAGCUUAUUGUAUGCCAUUGAUAUUAGUGAUGCCACUCCCAAUACGACCACCUCUUCUUUUACAUCCCUCUUUGAUGAACUCCCUCGUUUUGUUGCAUAA